AUGUUCAACCUUUCAAGCCUUGUGCAGAAGGCUCAGUCAUUCAUUGAUCCUACUCAAGCUCUCAACAUCUCCGCAUCGGAUCGCAACCCUGCGAAAUCCACCCUCUUCCGGCAUCAGUUUCGACUGCCGGACUCCCAAACCCCUCUACAGGAAAUCACUGCAGAGCUCACAAUCACGCCGCCGGUAGCAUACUCGCCGAAUGCGACUCAGGGAGAGAAAGAUAAAGACCGCGACCGUGGCUAUCACUAUGCGGGGAAACUGCACCUGAGCGAGAGUUAUUUGUGCUUUUCUACGCAGCCUACGAGCUUCCUUCAAACAGCUAGCACAAGCACCUCGUCGGGCUUCACAGGGCAGACAAAUGGCGCUGGCCCAGGUGGAAAUGGAUUCACGCUUCCGUUGUGUGCGAUCCGACGCGUGGAAAGGCUCCAUAGCCAAAGCUAUCAAUUUGCCCUAGCUAUCACCACAUGGAACGGGCUAAGCAACAGCACAUCGAGCGAAACGUCCAAAUCGCCCUUGUUGGUUCAAAAAAUCAUAAUCCAGCUUGCGGGCACCCGGCCAGCCUGCGAAAGAUUCUGCGAUGGUUUAAAGAAGGGCCUCAAAUCGGGCGUGGGUGAGGUAGCAAAACUGAAGAGAGUGGUUUCCCAAUGCUACUCCGAAUACCUGCUACAAGGAGAGGGAAGGAAAGAAGCGACACCGCCGGAUGCGGGGUUGGGCAUGAUUUUUCGAUAUCCUGGUGAUGCGAAGAAGUUGCGAGAUAGAAGUAAGAUGAGGCUAUGGGGAGAAUAUCUACGGGAUUACGGUCGAAAUGUUACCCUGAUCCGGCAGCCGACCUUCCAUAAGCUCAUUCGCGUUGGGCUACCCAACAGGCUUCGCGGAGAGAUUUGGGAACAAACCUCAGGGUCGUUGUUUUUGCGUUUAGAGGCACCUACACGAUACGCAGAGGUGCUGGCGAAAUACGAAGGCCGAGACUCGUUAGCGAUUGACGAAAUCGAAAAAGACCUGAAUCGAAGUUUACCUGAAUAUCCUGGGUUUCAAAGUCAGGAGGGCAUUGAACGACUCCGAAGAGUUUUGACGGCAUACAGUUGGACGAACGAAGAGGUAGGCUAUUGUCAAGCCAUGAAUAUUGUGGUUGCUGCGCUUCUCAUUUACAUGUCAGAAACGCAAGCAUUCUAUCUGUUAUCUACGCUUUGCGACAGACUGCUUCCCGGUUAUUAUUCGACAACCAUGUAUGGCACACUUCUGGACCAACGUGUUUUCGAGUCGCUCGUUGAAAAAACGAUGCCAAUCCUCUGGGAUCACUUGGUGAAGGCGGAUGUUCAGCUUUCAGUUGUAUCCUUGCCCUGGUUUCUCUCAUUAUACAUCAACUCCAUGCCGUUAGUAUUUGCCUUCCGCGUGUUAGAUGUCUUUUUCUUGGAAGGACCAAAGGUUCUAUUCCAAGUUGGAUUGGCGAUUCUACGCAUUAACGGAGAAGAACUUUUGGAUGCCGCAGAUGAUGGAGCCUUUAUAUCGGUCUUGAAGUCAUACUUCAGCAAAUUAGAUGAAUCGGCACAUCCAAAGUCUGAAAAUCCCAAACUACGAGCUGUCACUCGAUUUCAAGAGCUUAUGGUGGUGGCUUUCAAAGAAUUUUCGGGUAUCACCCAAAGCAGCAUUACAGAGCAGCGAGUCAAGCACAAAGAUGCUGUUCUCAACAGCAUCGAGAGUUUUGCAAAGCGUACAUCAAUUCGAAAUCUGGGUCCAGACAGCAAGCGGUUGAGCGUUGAAGAUCUUGGAGCGUUAUAUGACAGAUUCUUUGGGGUCCUUUAUGACCGUCAAAUGAGGAGUCAAAUAAUUAUGGAUGAGGAUGAAAGACGUGCGAAAGCUAGCAGGUCUAAGGCCGCCGAAGUUGUUUCAGGCUUGCCGGAAAAUCAAAUCAUCGAAAAAGGUCGUGUUGGACUGGGACCAAGUCCAACUCAGAUGGACUACGAUGGGUUCCGCGAGUUCCUCGCCAGCAUGGCAAAAUGGGCGGUGACAGACUCGCCGACACCAUCUGAAAAGGACAGUCCUGUAACACCGAAACAUUCUUAUUUUGGGAAUAGCGUUAGGUCGCGGCAAGCCUUAAUUUCGCCAUGGGGACAAGGACCCGAGCCUGCAGAACACGAAUUCAUGCAAAGACUCUUCCGUCGCUGGGAUGUUGACUGCAAUUCGACUUUAACACUUCAGAAUGUUGUGACUGGUCUUGCGCACAUCAAAGGGAAAGGCGACAUCAUGGGUACUAUCACAUAUUUCUUUGAACUUUACGACGAUGAUGGAGAUGGAAAGGUUGAUCGAGAGGGCAUCCUUCGUAUAUCCGAGGCGCUGCUGUUUCUAUCACGUCGAGGUUUGGAAGGCUCAUUAACACCUUCAAGCUCAAGCGUCGGCCUUAGUGAGUAUGAGGCAGGCAACCCCGGUCAGAUGAACAUAGACAUGCUUUCAGGUAGUACAAACGAACGUUUCCUGAGCAGCGUGAGCGCUUUCAUCAGGCGCUGUUUUGAGUAUGCGGACCCUGAUAGACCUGAAAACCAGGAGGAAGAUAACGUACCUGAUGAGAAUCCUGAAGCAAACAACGAUGCAUUCGGAAUAGGAGAGGACAGCGAUGAAGAGGAAGAGGAAGACCUUUUGGAUCUCGGCCCUGACUCGAGCCCAAAGCGUACGAAGAAACCGUCUGGCGUUUCUAGUGGAAUUCCAUCUCCCAAAGAUUCCCGAAAGCUGCCUACGAGAAGUGCCUCCGUAGCACAAGCAGAAGCAGCAAACGCUGCUCUGGAUCCUUCGAAGCCUCUGCAUAUUACUCUACCUACAUUCCGUAUGGUGGUAUUGGCUGAUGAAUUAUUGGAACAAUUUUUUGAAUCUUCCUUCCCAGCCUCAUUCCGAAUUUCGGAUAAGAUUCCAACACCUGGCGCUGGGUCAUCGGGUGCUAGUCUCACUACAUUCUCCAAUCUCAGCUUCGGUCGUGGCUCUAAUGCACCUCAGAAUGGUGUCGGUGUUGGCGGAAGCACAGCAGGAGUCGUGCCUCCCGGCAAAGGCAUCCGUGGUGUUCUUGACAAUAUUGUCAGCGACGGUAUGCGCGUUGCUGCCGAAGUCAGACGCCGUGUGGACGAGGCGCAGAAGGAGAUGGAGAAGAACGCAGUUCCUAGACCCGAUGAAGAAGAUGAAGAAGAGGAGAUUGUUAUUGGCCCACGCAAUCCCGGAGACUCAGAGCGCCGCAGUGUGAGAUCGGAAGACCGAGAUCUUCUGGAAGGUGUGGACGCUGAAGCUAUAAGCAUACGAGGCAGCGAGGGCGUUGUAAAAGUUACACAGGAAUCCCUCAGCCCAACAAGUGGACCGGACGCCGGUCGUUUGAGAAGCGCAAGCGCGGCCUCCUCAAAAGUCCUAGAGUUUGAGCGGUAG